GGUUGAUUGAAUUUGAGGGACGUCGAGGGGUACUUCGGUACUUCCUAAUGAUGGAUGGCUUGAAGAGGUACCUAGGUACAUAUGUGGACACACCACACUUUUUAUGUAAGCUACACACCGCCUGCCUCCUGUAAAGUUUAAUUGACGGCAGAAUGCGGAGAACGCGUCGUCAACGCGUCGAUAACAAAUCUAGCUCUCCUAUGCCGUUCGCUCGCGAAAAACCAAAAGGCCGAGGUCCUGUGUCACACGCCAACCACGACAUCGUUCUGGAAACUCUCGCCGUCGAAUCUGCACAAUUGGGCCAUACCAAAGAGUCCGUUCUGAAUUCGACCCAAACCCAGAUAUGGCCAACUUCUUUGACCUCAAGGCGCGCAAGGAGGCUGCGGCAAACGGGACGGCCGCAGCAAAAAUAGAAGAAUCGAAGCAAAGCGCUCGAAAGCAACCGUGGGUGGAAAAAUAUCGACCCAAAACCCUUAGCGAUGUCACCGCCCAGGAUCACACAGUAAACGUCCUCCAACGGACUCUUCAAGCCUCCAACCUACCUCACAUGCUAUUCUACGGACCGCCGGGGACGGGCAAGACCUCAACGAUUCUCGCCCUCGCCAAGGAGCUAUACGGGCCGGAGAUGAUAAAAUCACGUGUGCUCGAACUCAACGCCUCCGACGAGCGCGGCAUCUCUAUCGUGCGAGAAAAGGUCAAGGACUUCGCGCGCAUGCAGCUGACGAACCCGCCUGCCGGAUAUCGAUCCCGGUACCCGUGCCCGCCCUUCAAGAUCAUCAUCCUCGACGAGGCCGACAGCAUGACGCAGGAUGCCCAGAGCGCGCUCCGGCGGACGAUGGAAACGUACAGCAAGAUCACGCGGUUCUGCCUCAUCUGCAACUACGUCACGCGGAUCAUCGACCCGCUGGCCAGCCGAUGCAGCAAGUUCAGGUUCAAGAGCCUGGACCAAGGCAACGCGAAGAGGAGGUUGGAGGAGAUCGCCAGCAAGGAAGGCGUCGUCCUCGAGGACGGCGCCGUCGACGCGCUCAUCCGGUGCAGCGAGGGCGAUCUGCGCAAGGCGAUCACCUUCCUGCAGAGCGGCGCGAGGCUCGUGGGCGCCGCCGAGAGGGAGGGCGGGGACGCGGACGCGGACACGGACGCGAUGGACGUGGACGGCGACCCCAAGCCCGUCACGGUCAAGAUCAUCGAGGAGAUCGCCGGCGUCAUACCGGACUGGACCAUCGAGGCGCUGCGGAAAGCCAUGCAGCCGCGGUCGGCGGGCGCGACGUACCAGGCCGUCGCCAAGGUCGUGGAGAACAUGGUCGCCGACGGAUGGAGCGCCGGGCAAGUCCUCUCUCAGUUAUACCAAGCCGUAGUGCACGACGAGAUGGUCCCCGACGCGGCGAAGAACAAGAUCACCCUCGUCUUCUCCGAAGUCGACAAGCGCCUGGUCGACGGCGCCGACGAGCACCUGUCGAUCCUCGACCUCGCCCUGCGGAUAUCCAACAUACUGGCCGGCAAGGGCUGAGCGCGCACGGACUACGGAAGGAGGACGACAAGAGAAACGAAGAACUCGGCAAAUGUGCAAUGUUUUCCGCGGAGAAGUAGAUAUAGACCUCCGCGUGGGCGAAAGCUGCCUUGUGUGUAAUUGGAUGGUUGACAUAGCGUACGGCGUCGGGUCGAAUAAAAGAAACCGCCAACCGCGGAUAUGCUACUACAUACACAUGAGGGACGGCGAGGUAUAAAAGGUGGCCAUAUGUAUUGAUGGGUGUCGGGGUAGUAGUAAGGUCUCUAAGAGCAUGUCUGCCUGAGCACUGCGUCCCAUGCAUUUAGGCUGGUAGGUAGAUAUACUAGGUAGUUGUGCCAACGGGAGAAGCGGAAGAGAACCUAGAAAGUGAGUUCCGCCCUGUCCGAUACGUCGUCCGGAGGCAACGCCCUGGGGCCUACUCGUUGAUGAGGCCGAGGUUGCCGUCCAACUGGGCGUAGAUGCUCUCGCCGGGCUGGCCGCGGGCCUUGCCCUUCUUGCUGCGGCGGGUGCUCCGCUCGCGGCCGGCCGCGGGCCCGCCGUCCUCGUCCGCGAGCCAGAUGUCGC